UGAGACACAGGAAACUCUAGUUUAAAGGGACUGGUCUGAACGUUGUGUAACUCCGCUAUAUAAGCGGCUAGAUGAGCAAUUUGUGCUAUAUGUAAUCAGAACAGUUUUUGACGAUUUGGUAUCUCGUAGGAAGAAGAUAAUAUGCGCAGAACUUAUUUUAAUACAGAGGAGCAGUGAGGUGAAAAAGAAACGUUACCACCGGCAAAUUACAUUAGCUAAUACUGGGUUUACAUUUUUUUUUACUGCUAUUAGCUUCUUUGAAAAUUUAUUUUAUAGCAAAAUGUGUUUAUUAGUUGGGUUCUAACGGCCAUUUUUUGUUGAGGCAUACAAGUAACGUUAACGUUAUUUAUUUCCGCUUUUGACAAAUUUGUAAUGAUGGGAGUUGGAACCGAGAACAGAGCCCCGAGCACAACUAGUAGAUUUGCGUUUCACAUCGAGGAAGGAAAAGAUGAGGCAGAGGUUCCCAAGACGACAUCAGGCAAUGCUGAAGCCAUGAAACUGGCGAGUGUUGAUAAUCAGUCAGAGGAACCACGAGGGACUUGGAGUCGACGGUUGGAGUUUGUGCUCGCCACCGUCGGUUAUGCUGUUGGUCUGGGAAACGUGUGGCGCUUUCCGUACCUGUGCUACAGGAGCGGAGGAGGUGCUUUCUUGAUUCCCUACUUUAUCAUGCUGUUUCUCUGCGGCAUCCCACUGUUGUUUAUGGAGUUCACUAUUGGACAGUACACACGCCUGGGGCCGGUUCAUGCUUUGGCAAAAAUAUGUCCCCUCUUCAAAGGUGUGGGACUGGCGACAGUGGUCAUUUCUUACGUGCUUUGCACCUACUACAAUGUUCUCAUGACCUGGGCGCUCUACUACCUGCUCAACUCUUUCAGCCCUUCAUUGCCAUGGCAGUCCUGCAACAACACGUGGAACUCAGCUGGAAAUUGUUCCACUGGAUUUCCCGGUAAUGCCACACAUCUGAAGUCAGCGAGUCAAGAGUUCUUUGAUCAUAAGGUUCUUGAAAUGACAGGAGGAAUUGAGAAUGCUGGAGGGCUUCGCUGGGAACUGUUUGGCCUUCUAAUUUUGGCCUGGGCAAUUGUUUAUUUCUGCAUCUUUAAAGGGGUCAAGUCCACUGGAAAGGUUGUGUACUUCACUGCUACAUUUCCCUAUUUCAUACUGUUUGCACUGUUGAUCAAUAAUGUCCGACUGCCUGGAGCGAAAGAUGGUAUCCUCUUCUUCCUAAUGCCUAACUGGAAUAAACUCUUGGAAGUGGAGGUGUGGGUGAAUGCUGCUGCCCAGAUAUUUAAUUCCAUUGGAAUUUCCUUUGGUUCCAUGAUAUCUAUGGCCAGUUACAACAAGUACAACAACAACAUCCUUAAGGACACAUUUAUUGUCUCUCUUGCUAAUUCAGCUACUAGCAUCCUGGCUGGCUUUGUCAUUUUCUCUGCCAUUGGCUAUAUGGCCCAUAUUCACAACCUGCCUGUGGAUGACAUCGCCACAGAUGGACCUGGUUUGGUGUUUGUGGUGUAUCCUGAGGUCUUCUCCACCAUGCCUUUCGCUCAGAUCUGGGCUCCUCUGUUUUUCAUCAUGUUACUUUGUCUUGGACUGGACAGUCAGUUUGCCAUGGUAGAAGUGGCUGUAACGUUUAUCAUGGACGGUUUUGGCAAGAAAGCUUUGCGGAUUUUUAAGAAGAAAGAGCUGAUUGUUCUGGCGGUGUGCAGCGUGGGCUUUCUGCUGGGGAUUCCUCACAUUACCAGGGGUGGGAUAUACGUGUUUCAGCUGAUGGAUCAUUAUACGGCAGUGGUGUCUCUUAUGUUUCUGGCCUUCUUCGAGGUUCUCGCCGUCACUAUCAUAUUUGGAGUUAGAAACCUCAGUGUGAUGGUGGAGAACAUGCUGGGAAAGAAACCAAACUUGUUCUUCCGUGUAUGUUGGCAAUUUUUGACGCCCAUGCUUGUGCUGGGUAUUUUGAUCUCCAGUAUUAUUCAGUAUACACCAGCUCGAUAUGGAAAGUCUUACACUUACCCGGUUUGGGGCGAAGUGGUCGGCUGGUUCAUUUCUCUGGUCUCCAUCAUCUGGAUUCCACUGGGUGCAUUGCAUGAGCUCUGCACCACCAAAGGAUCUCUACUUCAGAGAUUGAAGGUGUCCAUAACUCCAACUGUAGAUCUGAAGUCCGUUUCAGAGAAACCUGCUGCUGAGUCUAUUGCAUUAUUUACUAACCCUUAGUGUGUGUGUGUGUGUGUGUGUGUGUGUGUGUGUGUGUGUGUGUGUGUGUCUGUGUGUGUGUGUGUGUGUCUGUGUGUGUCUGUGUGUGUGUCUGUGUGUGUGUGUGUAUGUUAUGAAGGUGUUUACUUGUUGUUAUAGAUACAGAGUAGCUCUGUAAACUGUAAAAAUUCAAUGUUAUUGUUUUUAUAAAAAUAUUUAUAUUUUGUUUAUUGUAUCUGAGAUAAAUGCUGAAUCAAACUAAAUGAUUCCAGAAUUACAAUAUGGCAAUUGUGCUAUUGUGGAAAAUUUUACAAGAUUUGAGAUUUAUUUAUUUAACUAUUUGAUCUCUUAAUUAAGAGGGCUUUGUAAAUACGUUUUAAUGUCAGACAUAAGCUUUUAUGCAAAUCGUUUUUCUUCCAGAAAGAAAUCCGCCUAUCUGACAAUCUAAUGAUGAUGAGGGAGAGUGAUAACAGGAUUAUUUCUCCGUUAUUUGAGACUUGAAAUUGUAAAGCUGACCUUAAGCAUUUUGAUACACUGAGAUGAAGGACUGAAAAACAUGUCUACACUUUAUGAACAAAGUAAGAUUGAUGCCACUGUACAGAAAAAUUCCUUCCCAAAACAAGAUAUUUUUAUACAUUUUUUUUUAAAUCAGCUUAACUUUCAUAGACCUUAGCACAUUCAUAGUGUGUUCAAUAGAUUACAUACAGUCACAAUACAGCAAAGCUGCUUUUUGAGGAUCGCUGAUGCCUUUGUGUUCACAAAGAGCCAAGCGUAAAUGUACUACUUUUUAUAAGGGUGUAUUGUUUUUUUUUCAUAGACUUUGCAAAACUUGCGUAUUCAAAUGUUUAAGUGGCAGAAAUCUUUAAUUUUAGCCAAACCUCUACAAAAAUACAGCGUUGAAGCUAAAAUGUUUGUGCUGAUUUGUGAAAAGCACUUUUGAAAAGUAUACAUUGCCUGUGUAUUCUGAUAGAGCUUUUACUAAAAUCAAUGUUUACAUUUAAAACAAGUUACACAAUGAACUACCAUGUUUUUAGUUGAAUAGCAAAAUUAAACUUUUUCAAGUGAUGUGAUCUGUAAUUUCUUGAAAAUGCUGGAUGAUACCAGAGUUGAAAGAGCACAUAAAGAUGUUUAUUUUUUUGGUGUAAAAUGUCAAGUAAAAAUAAAGUGACCGUGUGGGAAUUUGUACACAUUCAACAAA